AUGGCAUGGAGCACUCAAGUCAUCUUCUGUCGCUUGCCAUUGUCAUUGCUGUCCAUUGCCUUUGCCAUUCUAGUCUCACCUGCAAGGCUCUUGUCCUUAUGCACUGCUCUCUCCUUAGUCGGAACUUUCAAUAUUGCCGAUUUUCUUCCAUGGUUAACGCCAUUUGAUCUUGAGGGAUUAACUCCACGCUUAAAGAAACUAAGUCAAGUACUUGAUGAAGCAUUGGAGAGAUUAGCUCAGGACCAUGACAAGGCUCUUAACGCAAACAGAGACCGGCAACAGGGGGACUUCGUAGAUAUAUUGCUGUCAUACAUGAACCAGCCAGUGAAUAGCCAGGACGAAAGUGCUAUCGGUCGAACCCACAUCAAGGCCGUUAUUUUCGACGUGUUUGCAGCAGCGCUCGACUCAUCAGCUAAUGUUGUUUCAUGGGCACUCUCAGAACUCAUGAGACAUCCAAGAAUAAUGAAAAGACUUCAAGAUGAACUUGAACAAAUAGUGGGACUGACUAGACCGGUCGAAGAAUCUGAUUUGCCGUACCUAGAUUACCUAUACAUGGUGGUCCAGGAGAUCCAAAGACUUUAUCCUAUCGGACAACGAGAUGAUCGAAAACGACCACCAGGCCCAAUGUCCCUCCCGAUCAUCGGCAACCUACACUUGCUGCUGGGAGAACUGCCCCAUCGCAGCCUCCAAUCGCUAGCCCAAAAGUAUGGUCCCAUAAUGUCGUUAAAGUUGGGACAAGUUCCUGCGAUUGUCGUUUCGUCCGCUGAAGCGGCGGAGCUAUUCCUCAAGACUCACGACACCGUUUUUGCAUCCCGACCCAAAAUACAAGCGGUGGAUCCACUUUCUAGAGGAACCAGGGGACUAGCUUUUGCAGAGUAUGGUUCGUAUUGGAGACAUGUAAGGAAAGUGUGCACCCUCCAUCUUCUAAGCGCGUCAAGAGUGAAGAUGUUAGCUCCUUUGAGGAGUGAGGAAGUAGGGUUGAUGGUGAAGUCAUUGGAGAGUGUUGCGGCGGCGCGCGAGGUCGUCAAUCUCAGUGAGGUGGUCGGGGACCUCAUAGAGAAUAUAAUUAACAGAAUGAUCCUAGGAUGUGCUAAGGAUGAUAGGUUUAACUUAAAAGGGCUUGUUGAGGAGGCACUGAGCUUGGCGGGACAGUUUAAUCUGGUUGAUUAUGUCCCGUGGCUAGGUAUACUUGACCUCCAGGGUUUGACACGAAAAUUAAAGAGAAACAUUAUGGCACUUGACGAUGUGUUGGAAAAAAUAGUCAGAGAGCAUGAACAAGCUACAAGAGAACAAAAUGGCCAGCAUCACGUCGACUUCGUACACAUAAUGCUUUCCUUGAUACGUCAACCUACGGAUUUGUAUGACGACCAAAACAGUGUUAUUGAUAGAGACCACCUCAAGGCUAUUUUAGCAGAUAUGAUUUUUGCCGCAACUGACACUUCUGUCAUUGUGGUUGACUGGGCUCUAUCUGAACUCUUGAGGCAUCCAAGAGUGAUUAAAAAUCUCCAAAGUGAGCUACAAAAUGUGGUUGGAAUGAACAGAAUGGUGGAUGAGGCUGAUUUAGCAAAGUUAAGUUACUUAGAUAUGGUCAUUAAGGAGACUCUUAGAUUACAUCCACCUGCUCCUUUACUUAUCCCUCGAGAAAGUAUGACGGAUGUCACAGUUAAUGGAUAUUACAUAAGAAAAAAGUCCAGGAUCAUGAUAAAUGCAUGGGCUAUCGGACGAGAUCCUAAGUUAUGGUCCGAUGAUGCUUAUAUGUUCUAUCCAGAAAGGUUCAUUGAUAACAAUAUAGAUAUUCUUGGGCAUAAUUAUCAAUUUUUACCAUUUGGUUCAGGUCGUAGAAGAUGUCCCGGACUUCAAAUGGGCAUGACCACAGUUAAGUUAGUUGCAGCUCAAUUGGUGCAUUGCUUUAGUUGGGAGCUUCCUUGUGGCAUGUGUCCAAGUGACUUGGACAUGAGUGAAAAGUUUGGCCUCACAGUCCCAAGAAUGAAGCAUUUGCACGCUGUUCCAACUUACAGAUUAGAUACGGGCUGUUCAAACUGA